CCGAUAGACCGACAGACACGCCCACACCUGAUCACAACACACGCACCCAUUUAGUGCUCGCACCUACAGACCCACACGUCGACACACAACACACAACACACACACGCACUGCACAGCCACCAUGACGACGCCGCAGAAGAUCUGUGCGAUUGAGGAGGACGAUGCGCGCGCCGCCGUGUGGGCCCUGCACUACUUUGAGAAGUGGCAGUCGUUCCCCAUCAAGGAGAUGAACGAUGCCUUGGAAAAGCUCAUGUCCGAUGAGCACAUCCAAAACAUCAACAACCUCCUCAAAGGCCUCGACAAGGACGGCAAGCUGCCAAUCCCGGGCGAUGACAAGGUGAAGAAGCUCGUGCAGAAGGGUAUCCAGGCCGGCGUCGACGAGGCCACCGUGGCCGCGCUGCGCUACGUCGUUGCACGAGAGGUUGUCAAGGCCUCCAUCGGCGGCGCAGUGCAGCAGGGCGGCCGCCGCGGCGCUGUCAUCAUCAUCGAGGAAACCGCGUCCCUCAUGGCUGCGCGCGGCGGCUUUGUCGCGUUCGAGGCCCUCAGCAACCCGGCCGUGGGCAUUGCCUCUGUCGUCGCAGAGUUUGCCGCCUCAGAGCUCACCAGCGCCCUCGGCGUCGAGGAUAAGCGCAUCGUCACCGCUGCCGGCGCCGCCGGUGGCAUUCUCACCGCCGUUGCAGCCGGCGCCAUGGUCGGUGGACCAGCGGGGGCUGCGGGUGGCUUGGUCGUUGGCGCUGGCAGCUGGCUGGUCGGCCAAGGCGUGAGUGCCCUCUUCCGAGUCGGUCACGGCCCGGCAGACAACUGGUGCUACGUUGUCACCGGUGACGUGGACGGCGAAAUUUGCGUGGGCACAUAUGCCUCUGACGACGGCGUGUACGUGAAAACGUACGGCAACCAGUCGCUCGGCUCCAACGCCUCCGCCGUGAUCUCCGCUGGCCAAGCGCAGAAGGGCUCUUUCCAGCUGACCGUGUGGAACGGCACAGGCAUGUUUGCCUCCUCCAUCGCCCACUUCAACACCGUCAACUACCGCGACACCAUCUUCAUCUCGCGCGUGGAUGGCCACUACGUUGUCGUGCACUGCUGCGGUGGUUUCUCCGCAACCCCAGCCGUCACCAAGCGCAUCGUCGCGUGACGCGUGAAUUGUGUGGGUGUGCGUGUGUGUGUGUGUGUGUGUGUGUGUGUGUGUGUGUGUGUGUGUGUGUGUGUGUGUGGUGUGUGUGUCUGUGUGUGUGUGUGGGUGGGUGUGGGUGCCUGUGUGUGUGCAUGUGU